AAUUUUUCUUUUUUUAUUUAAAUUGUACUGUGUUCACUUUUUGUUUGCAAUCUUUGCUCUUUGCUGCUGUAACAAUGUAAAUUUCCCCAUUGUGGGAUAAAUAAAGUAUUAUCUUAUCUAAAUCUUACUUCAGAUACAGUAAAUGCCAAAUUAAGUCUCAAAUGUAAUCUUGUCUGAAAACAAAGACCUUUGACUCAAUUAAAAAGUGAUCCAAACACUAAUAAUUUAUACCAAUAGAAAUUUUGGAGGAAUCUUACCGAAUAGAUUUUUCUGAGGUUCUUAGGAUCUCGAGGUGACAGCCCAGACUCACAGAGACGGUCCUCCCUUCUCCAAAGAUUUAAGUGAGAAACACAGCCAUACAGAGGUUCUGAAAUGGGCCAAAGAAGGAGAGCAUCAGCUGUGAAUACCCCGUCAUCUCAGAGAGUCUCCGGAGCUCUUGGAGAUGUCGCCAAAGUCCCCCACAGGAAACACAAUAUCUGCAUGGUGUCCGACUUCUUCUAUCCAAAUAUGGGAGGAGUAGAAAGUCACAUUUACCAGCUCUCCCAUUGCUUGAUAGAAAAGGGACACAAAGUGGUAAUUGUCACCCAUGCCUAUGGGAACAGAAAGGGUGUCCGGUACCUCACCAACGGACUGAAGGUCUACUACCUCCCCUUGCAGGUGAUGUACAACCAGUCCACAGCCACCAGCUGCUUCCACAGUCUCCCACUUCUGCGCUGCGUGUUUGUGAGGGAACGCAUCACUGUGGUGCACGCACACAGUUCAUUUUCCGCAAUGGGCCACGAUGCACUGUUCCAUGCCAAGACCAUGGGCCUUAACACGGUGUUCACUGACCACUCGCUCUUCGGCUUUGCUGAUGUGAGCUCCGUGCUGACCAACAAGCUUCUGACCGUGUCCCUGUGUGAUACCAGCCACACUGUGUGCGUUUCGUACACGAGUAAAGAGAACACAGUGCUCCGUGCAGCACUCAACCCGGAGAUAGUUUCAGUUAUUCCCAACGCUGUUGACCCGACAGACUUCACCCCUGACCCAUCCCAGCGCCAGGAAGACACCAUCACCAUUGUCGUGAUCAGCCGCCUUGUCUACCGCAAAGGAAUCGAUCUUCUCGGUGGAAUAAUCCCAGAGCUCUGCCUUAAACAUCCAGAUCUGCAUUUCCUAAUUGGUGGAGAGGGGCCAAAGAGAAUUGUGCUGGAGGAAGUGAGAGAGAAAUACCAACUUCAUGACAGGGUGCGUCUGCUGGGAGGCUUAGAGCAUAAAGAUGUCCGUGGAGUGCUCGUACAGGGGCACAUCUUCCUCAACACGUCUCUGACUGAAGCAUUCUGCAUGGCCAUCGUAGAAGGAGCCAGCUGCGGACUUCAGGUGGUAAGCACUCGUGUCGGGGGCAUUCCUGAGGUGUUACCUGACGACUUGAUCACCCUAUGUGAGCCGACGGUGCGCUCAUUAUGUGCCGGUCUGGAGACGGUCAUUGCCCGUCAACGUACGGGGUCCGUACCCUCCCCCGCCUCCAUCCAUGCUCGGGUGCGAAACCUCUACACCUGGAAAAACGUCGCAGAGAGGACGGAAAAGGUGUACGACCGAGUGGCUGGAGAGGAAGUGCUCCCCCUCCCCAGGCGGUUGCAGAGGCUGAGGGCUCACUGCGGACCCGUCGCCGGCUCCAUCUUUGCGUUUGUGGCCGUUUUAGACUUUCUCUUCCUUCUGCUCCUUCAGUGGUUAGUGCCAGAUCGCGUCAUGGACAUUGCGGUCGAUGCCACCGGCCCUGAGGGACUGUGGAGGCAGAAAACGAGCGGUAAAGAAAGUGCCAUGAAGCAAGCAGCAGAAACACAGAUGCCGUCUUAGCCAUCACUACAUACUGCUUCUCUUCUAGCUCAUCUUUAUGGGUCAGACUGCUGAAUGCAGAAAGUUCUCAUAGUGACUACUUAAAUUGUAAACAUGUAUCAAAGGGCACCUGGUUUAUAUUAAUUUAAGAAUUUAAAAUAAAGGGUUAUAUAUAUGAUAAAAAUAGAAACCUGUGGCAUUUAGCAGAGCUUUUAAAAAACACUUUGAUGUUUCAUGCACAGUUAUAAACUGCACUGAACAGGAGGAGUAAAAGGGCUGAUUAACUGCAAACUAACUGGGAAAAUAAACGCAGUAACCUAUUCUCUGUUCACAUGCAUACCUCAUUUAAAGCGACGGUUUUAUUUGUAAUAAUCACAGUUUGUGCAGAACUCAACAUCUGUGUGAAUUACUUCGUCUUGUUUUGAUUAAAUGGAUGACACCACUUUUUUUUUUUUUUUACGAUACUUUGAGAUGUUACAUAUUUAUCUGGCUACGUUCUGUUUUUUGGCUGAAUCCUGAAUGACGCCCGGACAAGCUGCUCUAGAAAAUAAAGCACAAUUUUUUUAUAAUCUUUCAUCUGCUUUCAUUUAAUUUAAUUUAAUUUAAUCGUUUAUUUGAAUCUGGAGACAGUUAGUCUCAGAAGAGAAGAGAUGCUUUGUACCAGAUUUAGCUCGCUACCUAAUUUCCAUCUGUUGUCCCUGGGCAGAUGAUGGCAACAGCAAAAUACAAAUCAACCAGUCACACACACACACACACACACACACACACACACACACACACACACACACACACACACACACACACACACACACACACACAUUUCAUAAGAGAGAAGAAAGACACUUUACAGAUAUUAAAACAUUAUGUACAGUUUCCCUGAAAGAUGUAAAAGGUUGUCGAGAUGACACAUUAAUGCUGACAAGACUGGUUACUUAAAAUCCAUUUUUUGACUUCCCGGGUGAAAGUGCAGAAGUUUGUGCAAAGUUUAAGACUAGUUGGAAGACUAUUCCAUUCUUUAACGGCUUUAAAAGAAAAAACAGAUUGUGCUAAAGUGGAGCCACAAUUUAAAUUUCAUCUUUUUUAAGCGGUGUAUCAGUAUAAGCACCCUAUGAUUACACCAUGAGCCAACUUGAAACACAUUAGAAGACUAGUUCCUCAGAGCUGGUGUUACAAAAGAGAUGGCUCGGUUGGAAUGAAUGGUGCCAGACAAAACACAAGAGUAGCUGUGAAAGAGGAGGUGAUAUAGAUGUGUUGGUGUGGCUUUUCAAGGCUAACAAUGGGGGGGCGGGGGUUUGCAUUGCGUCGUGCUUUCAGGCUCAACAUUAUUCCAUGGCUCCAGUAAGAUCUUGUUACAUAGAGAGAGAGCUAAAACAAAUAACAGAACUAAAUGUAAAUGUUUACAUGCUGAGUGAAUGUGCUUAUACAUGAAGAGAUUAUUUUAGAAACAGCUUUUAAUUAUAUUUGUUUUUUUUGCCUUCCUGAGGAACAUUUUUAAAUAAAAGUUUUGGAUGAAAA